AUGGCACCUGUCGGCGCCCUACUCUGGCGCUCCUUGAGAGCAUACCAGAUUUACGGCGCCAAUACCGAUGUCGGCAAGACUGUCUUCUCCUCGGUCCUGUGCAUUGCGGCUCGCAAGCACUGGCCGCAUGAGCAGACGGCGUUUCUCAAACCCGUCUCUACGGGCCCGGCUUCUGAAGCCGACGAUGGUCAUAUCGACAAGUUCGCCCCCGGAGUCGCGAACAAGACGCUGUUUCAGUUUGAGAUUCCAGCAAGUCCGCAUCUGGCCGCCGAGGUUUCGGAACAGCCCACCCCGACCGAUAAUGAAGUCCUGAAAGGUAUUUACAGUUACGCAUCGCGCCGAGCGGCCGGUGGCCCCGGCUGGCUUUUCGUUGAGACGGCCGGUGGCGUGCACUCGCCGGGCCCUUCCGGAACCCCGCAAGCCGACCUUUACGCCCCGCUCCGGGUCCCGGUCAUUUUCAUCGGCGAUUCCAAGCUCGGCGGUAUCUCCCAGACCAUCUCUGCCUUCGAAUCCCUCAAGCUUCGUGGUUAUGAUGUCGAAUCGAUCUUGCUCUUCCGCGAUGAGCAGUACCAGAACUAUUCCUACCUGACCGACUACUUCGCCAAAGGACAGGGCAUCCCCGUCAACUCUCUCGAGCAGCCGCCGGCUCGCGCCGAGGAUGUGCGGGCUGAUGCCAAAGCGUUAUCUCAAUACUACGAUGAGAUGAGUUCCUCCAAAGUCAUCAAGCACAUCCUCGAUCACCUUCAUGACCGCCACCUCGCUCGGAUUUCUCGCCUCGAGACCAUGUCUCGCGACGCACACAACAUCAUUUGGUACCCCUUCACACAGCACAAGAACCUCACGCCCGAAAAGAUCACGGCCAUUGACUCUGCCCAUGGCGACUGCUUCCAAACUCUGGUUCCUCAGAGCCAGGACUCAUCGACAGAUCAGGCGCUGUUGCAGCCCUCGUUCGACGGAUCUUCAUCAUGGUGGACACAAGGUCUUGGUCACGCAAACCCCAACUUGACUCUCGCCGCAUCCUACGCCGCUGGUCGCUAUGGACACGUCAUGUUUGCCUCCGCAGUUCACGAGCCUGCGUUGGCUCUUGCCGAGACUCUCCUCAAGGGCUUGGAGAACCCGCGCCUCUCUCGCGUCUUCUACUCUGACAAUGGCAGCACCGGUAUGGAAGUCGCCGUCAAGAUGGGUCUGCGCGCAGCCAGGGUCAGAUACGGCUGGGAAGCCAGCGACAAGCUUGAGAUCCUCGGCUUGAAGGGCAGCUACCACGGCGAUACCAUGGGCGCGAUGGACUCUACAGAACCCUCUGUCUUCAAUGAGAAGGUCGAAUGGUAUGAGGGCAAGGGUUUCUGGUUUGACUACCCCUACGUCUUGUGCAAGGAUGGCGAGUGGCAAGUCCAAGUACCCAAAGCCCUGCAAGACGAUUUGGGAACUGGAAAGACAUUCAGCACUUUGUCCGAUGUCUUCAAUGUGACUGGUAGGGAACAGGCUCAACAGCAAGAGGCAUACGAGAAGUACAUCGUCAAGGUUCUCACUCGUCUUCGUGACCAGGGCCGCAAGUUCGGUGCUCUUGUCAUGGAACCAGUCAUUCUUGGAGCCGGAGGGAUGAUCAUGGCCGACCCUCUGUUCCAGCGCACUCUCGUCAAGGUUACCCGACAACACCCUGAGCUCUUCGGCAAAUCAACCACUGCCAUCAACGAAGAUGGAACCACCUGGGCUGGCCUGCCUGUCGUCUUUGACGAAGUCUUCACUGGUCUCACCCGUCUCGGCCGCUUCUCUGCUGCAUCUUUCCUCGGCGUCGACCCAGAUGUCAUCUGUAACGCGAAGCUACUCACGGGUGGUUUGGUCCCGCUUUGCACCACCUCAGCAUCCGACAGCAUCUUCCGGGCCUUUGAGAGCGAUGAGAAGAGUGACGCCCUCUUGCAUGGCCACAGCUACACUGCUCAUGCAGUUGGAUGCCAGGUCGCUAUCGAGUCUCUUCAUGAGUUGCAAAGGAUGGACAAGCAGGGAGAGUGGGACUGGGCAAAGAAGAGCGAAUGGGCGUCCGAGUCGACUGUCGUAAUCACCUCCAAGAAUGAAGAAUCGGCUGCAGUUUGGUCUGUGUGGUCCCAGCCGUUUGUUGACUGGGUCUCCAAGCAGAAUGGUCGUGUUGCGGGUGUGUGGGCUUUGGGAUCUGUUCUUGCUAUUCAUCUGGAAGACAGCGAGGGAGCUGGUUACUCCAGCAAUGUAGCCGUGGACCUUCAAAGCGCCCUUCUGAAGGGCGGUAUCGGCUCUGAGGGUGAGCGAUGGAACGUUCACAGUCGCGUGCUUGGAAAUGUUCUCUACGUCAUGACCAGUCAGACAACAAAACAGGCAGAUGUGAGCAGACUAGAGACCCUUCUGAAGAAGGCUCUUUCUUAG